ACUCACCAACACAUGCACAGCAAGAAGAAGAAGAAGAAGAAGAGACCUCGAUAGCGGCAACAAUGUCGUUCAUCCAGAAGCCAUGCUACUACACCGGUUCCCUCGUCGUCCUCCUCCCUCUCACCCUCCUAUGCCUCAUAUUCCUCCUUCCGUUGUCCACCUACCUCAGCAACCAUCUCGCCGCCGCGUCCGGCGCUGCCAGCGGCUGCCUUGGCACGGCCAACGUCGCCGCUGCACCGGCGGCGGGCGACAUCGAGGAUGCCGGCGGCCACCACUCGGAUUUUAGCAUCCUCAUCGGCGUGCACACGAUGGCCAGGAAGCACUCCCGGCGCCACCUCAUCCGCAUGGCGUACGCGCUGCAGCAGACGGCCCCGCUCCGCGGCGCCGCGCGCGUCGACGUACGGUUCGCGCUCUGCGCGCGGCCAAUGCAGCCCGAGCACCGCGCGUUCGUGGCCAUGGAGGCCCGCGCCUACGGCGACGUGCUGCUGUUCGACUGCGCCGAGAGCGCAGACCAGGGCAAGACGUACACCUACUUCGCCGGCCUACCCGCCAUGCUCGGCGGCGCGGCUGACCCCGGAAGCGGCCGCCCGUACGACUACGUGAUGAAGGUGGACGACGACACGUUCCUCCGGCUGGACGCGCUGGUGGAGGCGCUGCGCGACGCGCCGAGGGAGGACAUGUACUGCGGCGUGGGGCUCCCGUUCCACGACCGGGCGUUCCCGCCGUUCAUGCUCGGCAUGGGCUACCUGCUGUCCUGGGACCUCGUCGAGUGGAUUGCCAGCUCCGACAUGGUCAGAAGGGAGGCCAUAGGUGCAGAAGAUGUAACCACUGGAAAAUGGCUGAACAUGGGCAACAAGGCCAAGAAUAGGGUGAACAUUUUCCCCAGGAUGUAUGACUACAAGAGCGCCAAAGCUGAGGACUUCUUGGAGAGCACCAUUGGGGUGCACCAGUUGAAGGAGGACAUUAGGUGGGCACACACAUUAGAGCAUUUCAAUCUCACCACGUUGAAGCCCUCCAGCAAGCUCUACAACUUCUAGAGAGGACACUUCAGAGAUUCUUUUGUGAACAAUAUGUAAAUUUGUAGCAUUAUUGUUGAUAUGCUGUGUAAGGAAUGUGAUCCUCUGACGUAACUGCAUCAUUACGUGAUACGUGAGCAACUCUUCGUGGGUUUAUGUUUCAACGACUAAGUCACCCCGUGCAGUUACAUCAGAAAAAUCGCUUCAGCUGUGUAAAAAGUUAAAAUAUUAAUGGUUGUUGAUGUGUUGCUUGCAAGGUGUAAUUGAUAGCUUCCACCCCAAGUUAUAUAUCUCACCGACGAUGUUUUUUCAUAAUGACACUGUAAU